UGACCUGCGAGUAGUUUGUGCAUCUGUGGUUCAGUUCGUAAUCAUGGGGAAAGAGCAAGAUCUGCUGGUGGCGGUGAAGAGUGGGGAUCUGCUGCUGGCUCACAAGCUUCUCUCCAAAGUCAAGUGCAACAAAACCAAGUUGCUGGGCUCCACCAAGAGGCUCAACAUCAACUACCAAGACUCAGAAGGCUUCUCAGCGCUGCACCAUGCCGCUCUGACGGGCACCACGGAGCUGCUGUCUCUGCUGCUGGAGGCCCAGGCCACAGUGGAUAUCAAGGACAUCAACGGCAUGCGUCCUCUCCACUACGCAGCGUGGCAGGGUAAAGCCGACUCCGUCUUAUUGUUGCUGAGAGCCGGCGCUUCAGUCAACUCCCCUUCCCAUGAUGGACAGAUACCGUUACAUCUCGCUGCUCAGUACGGACAUUAUGAGGUGUCUGAGAUGCUGCUGCAGCACCAGUCUAAUCCCUGUGUGAUGAACAAGGCCAAGAAGACUCCUCUGGAUCUGGCCUGUGAGUUUGGGAGACUGAAGGUGGCUCAGUUGCUGCUGAGCAGUAACAUGGUGGCGGUGCUGUUAGAGGGGGAGGGAGGGCAUGACAGCCUGGACUCCCCAUCCACCACCCCACUCCACCUGGCAGCCAGGAACGGUCACAAAGACAUCAUCAAGUUGCUGCUAAAAGCUGGUAUCGACAUCAACAGAGCCACCAAAGCGGGAACGUCUCUGCAUGAAGCCGCCCUGUACGGCAAAACGGAAGUGGUGCGGCUGCUGCUUGAUGCGGGUGUCAACGUGAACAUGCGCAACACCUACAACCAGACAGCUCUGGAUAUUGUCAACCAGUUCACCACGUCCACAGCCAGCAGGGAAAUCAAGCAGCUGCUCAGAGAGGCAUCAAGUUCUCUCCAGGUCAGAGCGGUGAAGGAUUACUGGAAUCUCCACGACCCCACCGCCCUCAACCUCCGGGCCGGAGACCUCAUUAUGGUCCUGGAGCAGCACUCGGACGGCCGGUGGAAAGGUCACAUCCACGACACCCAGCGGGGCACGGACCGUGUGGGCUUCUUCCCCCCUUCAGUGGUGGAGGUCCUGAGCAGACGAGCAGGGGGCACCCUCUCCCGCCAAGCGUCAAUGCCUUCCCAACGACAACACUUUGCAUCCAGAGCUCCUCCGUCGAGCCACGGCCCCACCAUUCAGACUGACGACUCAUACACCCAUGGUUAUGAUCCUGCAGGUACACACACACACACACACACACUUCCAACCAUCUCUUUGCCCUCAGCCCCAGCUAGUCCUGCUAGCCCCGCUCAGGACAUAUGGGUCCUCAGGAGCUCUCCCACUGGUGACAGAAACAGUGUUGGCAGUGCCGGCAGUGUGGGCAGCAGUCGUAGCGCCGGCAGUGGCCAGAGCUCCGAGAGCAGCCACAAACAGAACGGGACUCAAAACCGCCACAACACCGACACGGGCAAGCUGGCUCCCUCUGCUGGUGAAUCAGGAGAACACCUCCACACUGCAGGAGCCGACCGCAGCAAACAGGUUGAUGGAUCCACAGGUGGUUCCCGCCGGCAGGUGAACGGCACUCCUCAGAAAGGCUUCGUCAGACCGGAGCACCUGCUGGAGGGAAAGGACUCUGAGGCGAUCUACCAGUGGCUGUGUGAGUUCCAGUUGGAGCAGUACACAUCCAACUUCAUCAGUGCAGGAUAUGACGUCCCCACCAUCAGCAGGAUGACCCCUGAGGACCUGACGGCCAUCGGAGUCACCAAACCCGGCCACAGGAAGAAGAUCUCCAUGGAGAUCGGCAAACUGAGUAUCCCCGAGUGGCUGCCUGACUACAUCCCUUCCGACCUGGGGGAGUGGCUCAGUGUGAUCGGACUUCCUCAGUACCAGAAGAGAUUGUGCGAGAACGGCUACGACUCGAUCACGAUCGUCAAGGACAUCACGUGGGAGGACCUGCAGGAGAUCGGCAUCACCAAACUCGGUCAUCAGAAGAAGCUGAUGUUAGCAGUGAAGAGACUCUGUGAUCUUCAGCGCUCCUGUAACCAUGCCGACAGAACCGGAGGCGGGACUCUCAGACGGAAGCCCCCAGCCGCUCUGGAGCUGGUGGCCAUCGAACACACGCCGACACACAACGUGCACGCUCAAGCGCACUCUGGCGCUCCCGCCAACAACUGCUGCCCCUCCCCUCGCACCCCUAGGGCCCUGCUCUCCUUCCAGGACAGCGAGCUGAGCUCUGAGCUGCAGAGCGCCAUGAUGGGCCGGGCGGGGGGAGGAGCCGCAGAGGCGUUUGGUAUUAGGGGCGUGACUUCUGCGGUGGCGUUAUCCGCCAUGUCAGUAAGUCAGGAGAGCAUCAGCACGCGGUCACGUGGCUCUGGGAAUUCUGGGAAUUCUGGACAUUCAAAUUCAGGCUAUUGUCAGGCGCAAAACGCCAGAACCUCCAGCCGGUCUGAGGAGAGUCUGGGGGGCGGAGGAGGGGAGGACGCCAAGCGAGGAGGAAGUAGUCCUGGAGGCAGAGGUCGACAGAGACCCACGGAGAUGUGGGAGCACCAGAGUCGGUCUGUGACUCCCAACAAACUCCCCUUCUCCCCCCUCACGCCCCCGCUGACCCCGAGCAAAAUGCCCCGCUUCGCCUACCCAGCCGUCCCACCCAAGGCCAAACACUUCCAGUCCCCCACCCGCCUCUAUCAGCCUCAGCACCCACCACCCCCCCCCCCCCCCUCUCCAUCCCCGCAGCCCUCCCCCACUCAGAAGGCCUUCAGUUACAUCCAGGCUCAGACGGGGGUCAACGGCGCUCCGCGGGUCCUCUCCAAGCCGCUGCCCGGAGCGAUCCCUCUCCUGGGGCCCUGGCCCGGACCGGCCCCAGCUGACGACACCCAGAGGGGCCCUCACAAGAAGCGCGCCCAAAGUCUGACUCGCUACGCCCUGUCCGACGGCGAGCCGGAUGAAGACGAUGACCUCGCUCCCCCUUGCACCUCCGCUUCCGCCGCAGCCUUGCCCUCCUACGCCACCUUGUCGCGCAGGCCGGGACGUGGGCACACCAGCGCCACGGGGGCCCAACGCCACAUCAACCGCAGCCACUCCUUCGCCGUGCGCUCCCGACGCAAAGGCCCGCCCCCGCCACCGCCCAAGAGGAUGAGCUCGGUAAGCGGCAGCCCAACGCGCCAGCCGGGAAACGGGAAAGUUGUGGAGCUGGAGGCGAAGGGCGGGGUGGAGAUAGAGAGCGUGGGCAGUGUGAGGAGCAUCGCAGCGAGGCUGGAGGGGAGCAGCAGCAGUCCGUCCAGGAGGAUAGACAUCCCACCACCAACACACAUCCCCGUGUCGCCUGUUUUUAGCCCCGCCUCCUCACCGAUUCCACACGGACUUCCUGCUCACAUCAUCCUGCAGCACUCCAAACCCGUGCCCGCUCUGGGCAACAGCUCAUGUGACCACCUGCCCUUCGCCAAGGAGGGAAACCUCACCAUCAAACAGCGACCCAGGAUCGCAGUCGUCAGCCGGGGAGACGGCGAAAUGAAGACUCCCCUGGAGGAUCCCGUCCAGACUCCGAACAGCCUGGAGCUCCCAGAGUUCAACCUGAAAGAGUCCGACACGGUGAAGAGACGACACAAACCCAAAGACAAAGACGCCUCCACGCCCGAGGAGGCGUCUUCACCCAACAGAGACGACAGCCACAGGGCGAACGCACACGAUGUCGUCGGGACGCAGAGCGGCGAGGAACCUCAGAGGAACGUUUUCCAGAGAGUCGGCUCGGUGGGAAAAGGCCCGAAGCCCCCGGUGUCCUCAAAACCUCCCAGUCCUCUCAAACAACCCCCCAACAUCAAACCAACAGCCCCCCAGAAAACAGUCGCUCCGGUACAGACGGGCGCACAAACAGCCAUCCCCAAACUAACCAGCGUACAGAUUCACACGGUGUCACCGAAGCUUCACACGUGUUCCCCCAGUCCUAAAGCCGUGAGACACCCCCCCACGCUGAAGCUGGAGAGUCCGCAGAGAGCUGCUGGGCCGUCGGGAUCCAGACUCCCUCAGCUCAGCAGCACGCCGCCGUCAGCAGCAGGACCGAUCCUCGCCGCGCUCCAGAGCGUCGCAUCAGCCGCUCCGUCCUCUCCGGUCCAGGCCCCUUCGUUCUCCGCCUCGGCAGCGGCGGUCCAGGCGGGGAGAGCGGGGACGCCCCAGGCGGGUGCGGCCGGCCUGGAGGUGCUGGCUCACCAGAGGCUGGAGCAAACCAGCACGUCACUGGAGGCUGCGCUCAAAGUGGUGGAGAACAAGCUGGCUCAGGGGAGCAGCGUGGACGGCGGCAGCAGCACGGUGAAGGCGGCGGGAAAUAUCCUGGAUGACAUCAGCAACAUGUUCGACGACCUCGCUGACCAGCUGGACGCCAUGUUGGAGUGACGUCUCGGCUUCUUCCCUCAGGGGAGCCAGAGACAGGAAACUGAGGCUCCAUCAGACAGGAGUGCACCUCCUGCUGCGGGUAAGACCAGAGACUCUGGGACUCUGGACGAUUCACAUUUGGGGAGGAUUUCCCCGCACAACGUGUCCUCUGUAUUUUUCAACGCGAGCACUUCGCCUUAGGACACACACCUGGGAAAACAGCAGCUGAGAUCAGCUCCCAGAAUCCUGUGUGUGUGUUCAGCACGUUAUUAUCACUAAAGGGAA